AGGUGGGAGGGCACGUGUCGGCACGUCAGUGGUCAAGUCCGUCCUUUCCCAACCACCAAUAGAUUUAUAAAAACUUUUCCCACUUUUCCCCCUUACCGCACCGACGAAAUUCCUCCUCUGUGUUUGCGCCUCGACCUCGCCGGCGAAGUAAAAAUCCCUGAGACCGCGCCGCAGAGAAACGCCCCUGCGGAGAAGAUUCUGCGUCAAAAGCAGAAUUAGAAAAAGAAUAACAAAAAAAAAAAAAAGAAGCUCGUGGUCCUUUUCUUAAAAAGUAUCUUCGCCCCGCCUCUCUCCCCCCUUUCCAGGUGGGAUUCGUCUCAUCACCGCACCUCCGACGGUCGAGGAGAGAGAAAGGGGGGUGGGCCUCCGAUUCUCUCUCUCCUCCCACCACUACCCCUUCAAUGGAUCCUCGUGGCUUUCCUUUUUAUAGGUGGGGAGUGCGCGUUGGGUGGCCACGCUGGAGGAGGAAGAGGAAGAGAACGAGACAUCCUCGUCCUCUUCUUCUUCUUCCUCUUCCUCUUUCUUUUGCUUCUUCUCCUUUCGAGCUCGCGCCGAGGAGGGAUCAGAGAAGGCGCCGCUGUUGUGGGAGAAGGGAGGAGGAGGAGGAGGAGGAGGAGACGAGGUAGUGAAGGAGGACGCCAUGGCGACCGCGAUCGAGGUCGGGGAUGGGAAGAGGAAGGCAGAGUCGGAGGAGACCGAUGGGGUCGGGGUCUCCGACGAUACCGCUCACCAGAUUAGCCAUGAUCCUUGGUAUCAAGUUGGAUUUGUCCUGACGACGGGAGUGAAUAGUGCAUAUGUAUUGGGUUAUUCUGGGUCAAUUAUGGUCCCUUUGGGAUGGAUUGGGGGUACUACCGGUUUGUUCUUGGCCGCUGCCAUAUCGAUGUAUGCCAAUGCUCUCCUUGCCCGGCUCCAUGAAGUCGGUGGUAAACGGCAUAUCAGAUACAGAGAUCUUGCCGGCCAUAUUUACGGUAGAAAAAUGUAUUCUCUUACUUGGGCUCUGCAAUAUGUUAAUCUCUUCAUGAUUAACACUGGCUAUAUAAUAUUAGCUGGGCAAGCACUAAAGGCUAUGUAUGUCCUCUUCAGGGAUGAUCAUGCCUUGAAGCUCCCCUACUGUAUAGCAAUUGCUGGUGUCGUCUGUGCUCUGUUUGCCUUUGGGAUACCACAUUUAUCAGCUCUCAGGAUUUGGCUGGGAUUUUCAACAUUUUUUAGUCUCAUAUACAUUAUAGCUGCAUUUGUGUUGUCUCUUAGAGAUGGAACACAGUCUUCAGUUCGGGAUUACAACAUCCCAGGGACACACAUGAGCAGGAUCUUUAGUACCAUCGGCGCCGUUGCUAAUCUUGUUUUUGCUUAUAAUACAGGAAUGUUACCAGAGAUUCAGGCAACAGUAAAACCGCCUGUAAUCAAAAACAUGGAAAAAGCUCUUUGGUUUCAAUUCACUGUUGGUCUUGUUCCACUGUAUGCUGUUACCUUCAUGGGGUAUUGGGCCUAUGGUUCGUCGACUUCAACCUAUCUCCUCAAUAGUGUCAAUGGACCUACUUGGGCGAAGACAAUAGCCAACAUUUCAGCCUUCUUCCAAACAGUUAUAGCAUUACAUAUAUUUGCGAGUCCAAUGUACGAAUACUUGGAUACAAAAUACGGAAGUGGACACGGAAGCGCUUUUGCCUUGCACAAUGUAUUAUUCAGAGUCCUUGUGAGAGGAGGAUACCUGGCCAUAAACACACUAGUGGCUGCGUUGCUUCCAUUUCUGGGGGACUUCAUGAGCUUAACUGGGGCUUUAAGCACUUUCCCUCUCACCUUUGUUCUCGCAAAUCACAUGUACCUCAGAGUGAAAAGAAACAAGCUUUCGGCUUUUCAGAAAGCUUGGCAUUGGCUUAAUGUGGUGGGAUUCAGCUGCUUAUCUGUGGCUGCCGCAGUUGCAGCUCUAAGGCUCAUCAUGGUUGAUUCCAAGACGUAUCAUUUAUUUGCAGAUCUAUAAUAAGGGUUUUCUUUCUCUUUUUACUCCACAUUUAUAUUUCCAGAAUAAAAAGCUGGUAGUUUGAUUCAUCAAUUGUAUUGUAGCUGUUGUUCAGGUGUAGUGUGUUGGUGCUUGUAACGCUCAUAGUUUAAAAUGUACUGGGUAUUCUUUGGCAGUUUUUGGUUAAUUAUAAAAGGAUGUGGUUUGUUUAUUUACUUAAA